GCCGCGUCCGACUCUUCCGGUCGUGAGGCUUAGGUUUUCCCGACGUCAACCCCGUAUUUCUGCAUCGAUUCUCACGCGACUCUAGCAUUCGCACGACACUACAAUUCGUACUCGAGUCCAUCCGAUCUCGUGCCUCCGUCUGAUUUCUCGGAUUUUUCCUAAAUCGCCAGCGUGCGGCGAAAUUGAACGGCAUAACCUAUCACCUGAAUCGACCGCCAGACGUUACGCGUGUCGUUCUGAGACAACAAUGGCAAUGAACGAGGAUCUUAAUUUCGCCGAGCUCUGCAGGUUCUGUUCGCUUAAGAGCAAUCACCAGCUGCAGAUAUUCGACAAGGAGGGCGAGCAACGACAGCUGCCGUUUAAAAUACGCUCCUGCAUUCCCACUGUGGUAACAAAAGAAGAUGCAUUGCCAAAAAAUAUUUGUCAAAGAUGUAUCUACAAAUUGGAUAUGUUCUAUGAAUUUCGUCUCAACUGUAUUAGCACAGAGACAGUGUUGAAGAAUUAUGCUGAUAGUAUAAAAAACAUUGGUCUGCUCACUCAGGGCACAGAUAAAGACAAGAUGUCAAACGGAGGACAGCAGCAGCAGCGCUCAACUUAUGUAGAAUCACACGCUAUAGCACACGCGGCAUUGCAACAGCACAUGGCCCAACAGGCCGCUCAAGCGAGAUUAGCUGGACCUGGACCACCCGCAGCUCCACAACCACCCAACCCCACGUUCACUGUACCGGAUGAUGGACUUGGCUAUGAUGAUGGGGUGCGGGUGUUGCGUACUAUCGGAUCAUGGUCAUCGGAGUAUUCUGCGGCGAUGCGUCCCGGUAGUAUGAUGCCGGCAUUUCCUGGUGCAACGGACCAACAGUUUAGAGCACCAGUGAAUCAACCCUUACGGACGACGACAACAACGACGAACAGCGUAGGCGUUCGUCCGGGAUCUGUUUCAAAGGCAACUAAUACGGGCGAACCGACUACGAAAGCAUUUUCUUGCACCGUAUGCGGGAAAGGACUCGCUCGUAAAGAUAAACUUGUUAUACAUAUGCGUAUACAUACUGGGGAGAAGCCAUAUUCUUGCGAAGUAUGCGGCAAAGCAUUUGCACGUCGAGAUAAAUUGGUUAUUCAUAUGAACAAACUUAGACAUAGACCUGGCGUUUCACCUCUCUCGGCUCCCACGACACCGAGAUCCGAUCAACAACAGCAGCAGCAGCAGCAACAACAGCAGCAAGCGCAACAACAACAACAACAGCAGACAUCACGCCAAGAUAGCAUUCAUAAGCUGAAGGAAGAACCAGUGAGUUGGACUUGCGAACUAUGUGGACGGAUGUUCGCUCUUAGAGAGGAGUGGGCGCAACAUGCUCGAUCUCAUUUGGAUGCGUCCGCGCCGCCACAACAUGCUGCCCCAUACUUUCCCGGGUCCGCACCGCCGCCGCAAUCCUACCCGUCCGAUAGGCAUUUCUGCUUAAUGUGUCGCACCGAUUUCACAGAUAAGGCCGAAUUUUUGUUUCAUAUACGCACGCAUUGCGACCCGCACGCGCAAUCGUCGGCAGGUCAACCGUCAAGCGGUAAACAAGGUGGCGGUGACGCUGCCACGGCUGAACUUAUUGCCAGAGGACUUGUCGAUCCCUCUGGAUUAUGCAGCUAGAAUUACUCUUUCCCCUGUCACUACGUACCGUCGAUUUGUGUCUUACCAUAGUACAAGUUUUCUGUUCUAUUUUGACCAGAAACUUUCGCAUAGUGUCAUGCAUAUUGUGAUUGUAAUGAUAUACAUAUAUACCAAUUUAUCGAUAACAGAUACACAGUAGUAGUAUAUUCAAUAAUGUUAAUAGAACUAAUAGGCUAAAUACGAGAUGUUGAUACUUAUAUAUCUAUUUAGUUACUGGUUAUAUUUAUUUAUCAAUUAAUUUGGUAAUCUGAUACAGCUGUAAUUUUUUCUAGCAUUUUCUAGC